UGCCACGCACGCCCUGCACAUGGAUUGGCGUUAUAACAUGCCUGUGAUUGUGUUGAAGGAUUAACAGAUCCGCCAAGUAGCUCUUCGCGAGCUGCGGCCUACUGCGUUUGCUGCGAUCUGUCAAAUAGAACCACGUCCACGAUUACGAAAAUGCGCGUCUCCUUCUCAAAUAAGGCGCUCUCGAGCGACGGUGUCAAGCAUUUUUAUUGAACUUGCCUGCGAUACAAAAACUCAUGAGCGACUCGACUCCUCUCCUCGCUGACGUCGACGGCGUCGACACUAAGGCUUCCGACCUCAAACUCGACGCCGAGGCUGAACUGGCUGCUCCGUUGGCCUUCCGGAUGCCUGCUGAAGAUGGCCCGAAGCAUGCAUUCCCUAUCAACGCAAGAGGGAUCCUGCUGCUCCUUUCGCUCGUCCUCGUUGAGGCUAUCUGGACGGUGUUCGUCGUGAUGCUGGUAUUCGUUCCUGCAUUCGGUAUCCUCAUCCCCGUCGCUGUGUCUACCGUGCCGAGUGCCGUGAUCCUCGGUCUGCUCCUAUACGCGGGCCGCCGUCAUCACACCGCCGCUAAAGCGAACGGAGACAAACGCCCCCUGCGCCGCAACAUCAACCAAAUCCGGGUGCUCAUGGUCCUCGGGACAUCCUGGCUUGUUAUGGCAAUUCUGACUGCGCUUUUCGUCCCUCUGCUGUGUGCUCCGCUCUUCCUGCUGUGCCUCAUUCGUAUGUCCGAGAUCGUCUCGGUAACAAGCAUUGUCA